GACCUGCUCCCAUGGCUCCCACCCUCCUCCUCUGACAUACGAUAAUCCAAAAUGGCAGCCACCAUCGGAAGACUCCUCAGGACCUCUACAGGGGUUGCAGCCCAAGGGUUAAAGGUCACAGCUGCAUGCAAACAUGGACUAUCUAGGACUGCAGGAGGUCUCAUCAGUCCUGCACUUCAGAGGGCCUGCUUCUCUACCAGCACAUCAAAAUGGGCCGCUGCUGUUACUCAGCCUGCUCCAGCUUUUAAAGCCACAGCAGUCUACAAUGGAGAGUUCAAGGAUAUGAGCCUCGAUGACUUCAAGGGGAAAUAUCUGGUCCUCUUCUUCUACCCCCUGGAUUUCACCUUCGUGUGCCCGACAGAAAUCAUCGCCUUCAGCGACAAAGCCAGCGAGUUCCACGAUGUGAACUGUGAGGUGGUGGGUGUCUCUGUGGACUCUCACUUCACCCACCUGGCAUGGAUCAACACUCCACGCAAGACUGGAGGCUUGGGAAACAUCCACAUCCCCCUGCUCUCAGACCUCAACAAGCAGAUUUCCAGAGACUACGGAGUGCUGCUGGAGGGUCCGGGCAUUGCGCUGAGGGGCCUGUUCCUCAUUGAUCCGAAUGGUGUGGUGAAGCAUAUGAGUGUGAACGACCUGCCUGUGGGCCGUUGUGUGGAGGAGACUCUGCGUUUGGUAAAAGCGUUCCAGUUUGUGGAGACCCACGGCGAGGUGUGUCCAGCCAGCUGGACCCCCAAGUCCCCAACGAUCAAACCGACUCCUGAAGGUUCAAAGGAGUACUUUGAAAAAGUCAACUGAGAAGACAAAGUUCAAACAGCUGAUGCAGUGAAUGGUACUAAUCUAAAAGCCAUUGUACACAUAGUUUAAAUGUUGUAUUUACUCACACGUGGCAGAGUACUGUAAUAAAUCUAUUCUUUAUAAGAGA